AUGGCGUGGAUUUCCAUUGAUUUUCUUACUCUACUAUUGAUUACCUAUUUUGUUAGGGCUGAUGUAAACAUAAGUUAUACUGUGAAAAACUAUCAAAAUCCAUAUAAUUUGGACAGUAGACUUAGAAAAUGCGAGGCGCUUAACGCUUUUGGUGACCAUUGUGAUCCAUUCUUUCAUUUUGCUGUCUUCACGUCAACGGAAAAAUGGAAUAAACGUUCAACGCUACGUAAAGAAGCUGGACCAUUUACCAAUUCAAAAUAUCUGAACAAAGUUCUUGAAAUUUAUGAGAUUCAUUCAACAUUUCCGGAUUCUAUAGAAUUUGAGCUAGACAUUCAAGACAGUGAUAUCGAUGAUGACCAGAGAAUCGCACUUUUUAGAAGGCAGGUACCACUCGAGAAGAAGGGAGUAUAUGAAUUCAGAAUGGGUGUUGAUGUCAAAAUUGAAACUUACAUCGAUAUAACCUGUACCAAAGAUUAUUACGGAAAUCGUUGUGAAGUAUACUGUAUCCCAUUACAAGAUUUGUGGAUAUGUGAUGAAACUACUGGAGCCAGAAUAUGCAACAAACCAUGUUUACAUGGCAAAUGUAUUCUAACAAGUACCAGUGCAAUAUGUGAGUGUACAUCAGAAUGGCGUGGAGAAUUUUGUCAGACGCCAAUCGAGUCAAAAAUCAUUUCUACUAUCCUUGCUCCUGAAAUCAAGACUAUUCAUGUAGCUAAACCAAUAAGAAUUGACCAGUCUUUUGUUAACAAUAUUUACUUCAGAACCUCAACUGUUCAAACAACUGUCCAACUUGAUUCAAACCAAGAAGAUAAAAGUGAUGCAACAGAAUUGGAAUCUACCGAUGAACCGAUCAGAAUUGUGGAACUAAAGGGUGAAACUUUCCAAGGUGGUGAAAAAGAUAGUAAUAUCAGUGAUGAUCAACCAGAUAGGUAUCCUUCUUCGUCUACUUCAACAAGUUUAGAUUAUCCCAGUUUGGUGGCCAGUAAAACAGAGAUGGAUAAGCAGGAAGACAGUAUUAUAAAUCCAACUGGUCUCCUUUCCAAUUUGGAAACACGUAACUACAUAAUCCUGGCAUUCAUCAUCAUAGGCUUGUUAUUAUGGCUUAUCGGUAUUCUUGUGAUUGGUUUGAUUUGUUAUCGCCGUCGACGUGAUCGUAAAGCCUCUGUUCGUAAGAGUGCUUUAUGGACAAACAUCAGUUAUGAACCAAGUUCCUAUCAAACAAAACAUUUAUCAAUAACCGAAGACUUUUUACCCCAACAUGGAAGUGGGAAUCAUCAAAAUGAAAUCAGAUUUUUACCAAAUGAUCACACAGUUUAUCCCUCAUUGAAGAAAACUUCACCCAAAGGCGUACUACGAAACUCCUCCACUUUACCUCGAAUUCCAACUGGUGAGCACUUUCAACGUAGAUCAGUACGCUAUACUCGUUCACCAAAUGAUAUCUCCAGAUUACGCUUUGGUACCAUCUCUUGUACACCAGUAAUUAGUCCUUCACUUUCAAUGUGUACGCAACGUUCCACUCUAUCACCAUCUGAAAGUUGUCCACCAAACACCGAUACAUAUGAAGAGUUGACAUGUUGUUUAAAUGACCAUGUGAACUGGAAAAACAAUUCACCAUCACCUCUGAAAUUGACAACUUUUCAAUAA